UUCUCCAUUUUCAGUUAGAAAUAAUAGAAGUUAAAGGGACAUGACUGAUUUAAAUUCCUUACUGUUUUCCAUGAUUUAACAAAGAUAAUAUUUGCUUUAAGAAUGUAUAUUUUGCCCUAGAAAACAGACUAUGGAUGGAUGGUUCUGACUGUUUAAAAUGUAAAAUAACCUUUCUUAAAAAAUUAUUUGGUGUGGCAGCAUGUACUUUUCAUUGAAGUAAUUAAAUCUAUUCAUAUAUUUUGUUUUAUUGUCAAGCUUGCGUUUGUUCCGACAAUAGUUUUAAGGGCAUCAACAUCUAGCUGCAGCUCAUAUUGAUCAUCGAAUAUUCUGUUUUCAUCCAAGCAGACUAUUUUCAGUAUUAGAUUUGUGAAAUUUUAACUGAUAUUCUGUUGGGAAUGUGUUUCACAUUCAUCUUCUUUUCAAUUUCAAAGAAAAGUUUUUUCUCAGUGCCUACUAGUAAUAAUAGAAGUUGAACCAUGUUGAACUUCAAUCUUGUUUGGUUUGAGGGCAAACAAGCACACAUUGGUUAUACCACACAUUUAAGCUUUAUUAAUAUUAGAAAGAAUUAAAAGUGUAUGCAUAAAGAGGCCGAAACAAAAAAUAGUCAACGUCAACAUCAUUUAUGUACUCUAUUACUCAUCAAAAUUGACAGUGUUUUCUUCUGUCUAGUUAAUAGCUGCAGUGUCUUGAAAAUUGUGCAUAGUUUUCUAUCAGUGGUAUCUGCCUCACUGUGAGUUUUGUUGAAAAAUGUCAACAUGAUAUUAAUCUGAAUUUGAAGUUUAUGACUUUGGGUUUCCAUGUGCCCCGAAAUAUUGUAUGUUAGGUUUUUAAGGAGGGGUAUCACUAGGGAGAUACAAUACCAAUGAGACUUGAGUCAAACCAUAUAAGGCACUGACACCACUCUCAACCCAAAAUCUUAAGGUUUCCCAAGUAAAAAGAAAGACAAUCACCAAGGGCAAAAUAAAUAUCCAAGGAUAUCAAAAGAUCUCAAAAUCACGCUAGAAUUUGGUAAACAUGUUUAUUUGUGUUUUAUCGUAAGCGAGCAGAACUAUGAUGUUUGAACUUUUGAUCCCAUGUUAGAAAGAUUUAUACAUUGUAGGAAUAACAUUGGGAUGGGGGAGCAUCAAAUGAUAAGUGCUGUUGCUUCUUUCUCUAACUCUUCCUCCAUGGUGUCUUCUAAAAACUAUGAUGUUUUUCUAAGCUUUCGGGGUGAGGACACUCGCAUGAACUUCACAAGCCAUCUUCAUGAGGCUUUGAAGGAAAAAAAAGUUGAAACCUAUAUUGACUACCAGCUUGAGAAGGGAGAUGAAAUUUCACCAGCAGUCUUCAAAGCAAUCGAAGAUUCUCGUGUGUCUAUUGUGAUACUCUCAGAGAACUAUGCUUCCUCAAAGUGGUGCUUAGAAGAACUCAGCAAGAUUCUAGAAUGCCACAGAAACCAAGAACAAAUUGUGAUUCCAGUGUUUUACAACGUAGACCCAUCCCAUGUUAGGAAGCAAACAGGGUGCUAUGAGCAAAGCUUUGCAACACACGAGGAAGAACUCAGGUGCAACAAAUGGAGAUCUGCUCUCACUGCAGUAGCCAAUUUAGCUGGGUGGGAUUCUCGAAACAGGAUUGAAUCUCAAUUCAUUAAGGACGUUGUUAAAGAUGUUAUAGGAAAACUGACUCCUAGAUACCCAAACGAACUUAAAGGACUAGUUGGAAUUGAGAAAAGUUUUAAACAGAUUGAAUCAUUAUUAAAAAUUGGUUCAAGUGAAGUUAGAACCGUUGGAAUAUGGGGCAUGGGCGGCAUAGGAAAGACCACUCUGGCUAUUGCUUUAUAUGACAAAUUGUCUCACGAGUUUGAAGGUCGUUGUGUCCUCACUAAUAUAAGGGAAAAAUCAGACAAGCUCGAAGGUUUACGUGAUGAACUUUUGUCGAAGUUGUUAGGGAAUAAAAUUCAUGGGAUUGAUUAUUUUGACAUGAGGAGGCUUCAACGUAAAAAGGUUUUCAUUGUUCUUGAUGAUGUGGAUACCUCAGAGCAGAUAGAAAAGCUAAUUCUAGAAUACGAGUUUCUCGGACCAGGAAGUAAAGUCAUUGUUACAACUAGAAAUAAGCAAAUACUUAGUCUAGUUGAUGAAAUAUAUCAGGUUGAAGAAUUAAGCUCAUAUCACUCUCUUCAACUUUUCUGUUUGACUAUAUCUGGAGAAAAGCAACCUAAAGAUGGAUAUGAAGAUUUAUCAAAAAGGGCAAUUUUGUACUGCAAAGGUCUUCCUAUGGCUUUAAAAGUUUUGGGUUCAAAUCUACGCAAAAAAAGUAAAGUGGUAUGGGAAUGUGAAUUGAGAAAACUCCAAAAGAUUCCAAAUGUUCAAAUUCAUAAUGUGCUAAAAUUAAGUUAUGAGUGCUUAGAUCGAUCUCAAAAGGACAUCUUUUUAGACAUUGUGUGCUUCUUCAAUGGAUGGGAAAGAGAUAGGGUAACAUAUAUUCUGGAGGCUUGCGAUUUCUUUGCAGCAUCUGGGAUAGAAACCCUUUUAGAUAAAACUCUCGUAACAAUUUCAAAUUAUAGUCACAUAAAAGUGAAUGACUUGAUACAAAAAAUGGGCUGGGAAAUUGUUCAUCAAGAGUCUAUCAAAGAUCUUGGAAGGCGAAGUCGAUUAUGGAAACAGGAGGAAGUGUAUGAUGUUUUGAAAUAUAACAAGGGGACUGAUUUUGUUGAAGGCAUGGUUUUAGAUUUGGAGCAAUUAGCUGGAGAUUUAUAUUUGAGUUGUGAUUCCCUUGCAAAGAUGACUAACAUGAGAAUUCUUAGAAUCCACAGACGAAAAUGGGGUUGCAGAUUUAGUGUGCACCUUCCUGAUGGUAUUGAGUUGCCUUACAAAUUGAGGUACCUUGAGUGGGAAGGAUUCUGUCUCAGGUCUUUGCCAUCAAACUUUUGUGCUGAACAACUUGUAGAGCUUCACAUGUGGAAUAGCAAGCUUAAAAUGCUUUGGGAUGGGGUUCAGAACCUUGUGAAUUUAAAGACAAUUGACCUUGAUGACUCUCGAGACUUGAUUGAGAUCCCAGACUUGUCUAUGGCGGAAAAACUUGAAAGAGUGUCCCUUUAUGAUUGUGAAAGCUUAUGUAAGCUUCAUCCAUCCAUCUCAUCUCUUCCCAAACUCAAAUAUUUGAUUUUAAGUGGUUGCAAAGUCAUUCAAAGCGUAAAUGUUCACUCAAAAUCUCUAAAUGUACUAAGACUCAGAGGCUGUUCAUCUCUCAGUGAAUUCUCUGUGACAUCAGAGGAGAUGACACAUUUGGACUUGUCUCAAACCGCUAUACGUGAAUUGUUGUCACCAAUGAUAUCUCUCCCCAAGCUUACAUAUUUGUACUUAAGUGGCUGUAGACAUAUUGAAAACGUUAAUCUUCAUUUAAGAUCUCUCCGUGUGCUAACACUCGUUGGUUGUUCAUGUCUCAAAGAAUUCUCAGUGGCAUCAGAUAAAUUGACACUAUUGGAGUUACCUGACACUGCUAUAGGUGUAUUGCCAUCAUCAAUUGGUCACUUGUUAUCUUUAGAAGAGUUAGACCUACGUGGAACUAAUAUUGAGUGCUUGCCUGCAAGUAUCAAAAGCCUUUCAAUGUUAAGAGUGCUUUGGUUAAAUGAUUGCAAGAAACUGGUAUCUGUACAAGAGCUUCCACCAUCCUUAAGAGAACUUCAUAUAAAUGAUUGUUGGAAACUUGUGUCUCUGCCAGAGCUUCCACCAUCAGUGAAAGAGGUGAGUGCCUUUAAUUGCCGUUCUCUAGAGGAAAACAUCACACAAGAGCUAGUGUUACGACACAUGUUACAAAGUUGCAUACCCGACAAACAUCAACAAUAUCCUUACAAUCCUGUGUAUUUUGAUGGUGGUUAUUUCAUCUUUCCGGGAGACCACAUCACCGACAAUUGUGCGUUUCAUGCAACAGAGAGUUCAAUAACUAUUCCUUCCCUUCCCAGAUCUCACUUGUGGGGUUACAUUUUUUGCAUCAUUAUUGCCAAGGGACCGAUGUCAGAUCAUCAGUUUUCAUGUUCUAUCUAUCAAGAAGAUAUAUUGGUAGGUUGUGGUCAUCGUAGGUUUAUAGGCUGCGAAAAUUUAAUUUCAGAUCAUGUGUUAUUUUUUUAUCAUGAUGUGAUCAAUUUCGGUGGAACAGAUGAAGUGUACGGUCCUUUUAAUAGCUUUACAUUCAUGUUUGAAUUUAAUGGUGAUAAACACACCAUAAAAGGGUGUGGGGUCUUUCCCGUAUAUUUGACAUCAUCUGGGUUUAAGUUUUGUAAUGUUGACUCACAACCAAGAGCAAAUGGACCCAAAAUUGGAGGCUGUGAUAAAGAAAAUUUGGAACAACUUUUUGCAGCCAAGAGAAGAAAGACUGCGUGAUACUCUCUUCCUGUGAUCACUUAAUCGGUUUUCUUUUGAAAAACAUGUGGAGAAUAUUGGCGGGAACUAGGCACAACCUUGUUGGGAAAGUCGAAGCAGCAAUGAUGAGUAAUUGUGUGGUGGUCCUCUUUUUAUUAGAAAUAAAAAAGGAUAAUAUUGUGCUAUUUAUUCUCUAUGUAUCCAUGGAGAUACAUGAGUGGUAAUGUAUUGAUGAUUCAAAAUUUAGAUGUGAAAGUAGUAGAAUCAUGUGCUGCUUGUAACUUUUACUACUUUAUUUCCAAUUGUUGGAAUUAAUUUGUUUCACUCCUUGGAGUUUU